AUGUGGACAGUUAAAGUAUUAUCAAUUUUUCUUGAACCAUUAUUUGAUUCUGUUCCUAAUAUAAAAAUUUCUUGGUAUAACAAUUUUAGGGCUAAACAUCAUUUAAUUGCUUCCAAAGCACGUAUGAACGUUGUUAAAAAAACUGAUCAAGAUUAUUGGAAAAAGAAAAAUGAGAG